GCGAGGGGAGCCGCUCGGAGCGCUGUCGCGUGCGCUCCUGGUCGCGCGCCCGUACGGACUGCGAGUGCGUGCCGCGGAGCCGCGCAGACAGAAGCGGCGCUUCAUUAUGCGUUCGGGGCGCGGGCUGCCAUGGCGGGCGCGUUCGCGAUGGUGAGCGCCGCCGGACGCGGCGGCGCUCGGCUUCUCCUCAGCGCCACACUCGUGGUCGCAGCGUUCGGCGCGAGAGCGGUGCGAGCGCAGAAAGGAGACGCCUGCGGGAAUACAGUUCUGGGGCCCCAUAGCGGCACACUCUCCUCCAUACGCUACCCGCAGACGUACCCCAAUCACACGGUGUGUGAGUGGGAGGUGCGUGUGGCCCCUGGCCAGAAGCUCCAGUUCAAGUUUGGCGACGUUGACAUUGAGGAUUCAAACUGCCACUUCAGCUACCUGCGACUCUACAAUGGCAUUGGCCCCGGGAGGACGGAGAUAGUGAAGUACUGUGGACUGGGCCUGCAGGUUCCUGACGUGAUCCAGUCCAGCGGCAACGAAGUCACGGUGCAGUUCAUGAGCGGGACUCACCAGUCUGGACGAGGGUUCCUGCUGUCCUACUCAACAACAGGGCACCCAGAUUUGAUCACUUGCCUGGACAAAGGAAUCCACUUCAUGGACGCCGAAUUCAGUAAAUACUGUCCCGCUGGCUGCUUGAUGGUCUCGGGGGAGGUUUCCGGGACAAUCCCACACGGGUACAGAGAUUCGUCCUCUGUGUGCCUGGCGGGCAUCCACGCAGGGGUGGUGUCCAACGCGUUGGGCGGCCAGAUCAGCGUUGUCACCAGCAAAGGCAUCCCGCGAUAUGAGGGUACGCUGGCCAACAACGUCACCUCUACCUUCGGUCCUCUGUCCAACAGCCUCUUCACCUUCAAAACCAGCGGCUGCUACGGGACGCUGGGCAUGGAGUCGAGCGUGGUUCGUGGCUUCCAGAUCUCCUCCUCCUCCGUGUGGGAGUGGAGCGACGAAAAUGGCCAGACGCACGUGUGGGCGCCGUCGGGAGCUCGGCUGAAGCAUUCCGGCCUUCCCUGGGCCGCCGCCGACAACGACCAGCACCAGUGGCUCCAAGUGGACCUGAAGAAGAAGAAGAGGAUCACAGGAAUCAUCACCACGGGCUCCACCCUCCUUGAGUACCAGUUCUUCAUCUUGGCCUACCGGGUCCAGUACAGCCAGGACGGCAGGCAGUGGCAGGCCUUCAGGGAGGCCGACAGCGACCAGGACAAGAUUUUCCAAGGAAACACCAAUUACCUCCAUGAAGUGCGCAAUAACUUCAUCCCCCCGAUGGAGGCGCGGUACGUGCGCGUCAGGCCCACCCAAUGGCAUCAGCGCAUCGCCCUGAAGAUGGAGCUGCUGGGCUGUCAGCUGCCGACAGUGUUGCCCCGUACCUUCCACCCACAGCCCACCAGACUGAGCACAGUUCCUCCGCUGCGGUCUGACAGGACCACCUUCACACCUGGCAUCCGAAAUACCACCAUGACCCCUAGUGACAGCAACAGUGUGGCGCUGGUGGCAGUGUUGGUGCCUGUCUUGGUCACUGGCCUAUCUUCUCUCAUCCUGAGCCUGUUGUGUAUCUGGCACUGCAGGAACAGGAAGAAGAGCACCAAGGGGGCUUAUGACCUGCCUCACUGGGACCGUACCGGCUUAUGGAAAAGCAUGAAGCAGUUCUUGCCAGCGAAGGUGUCGGAGGGUGACGAGUCGUCUGUGCGCUACAGCAGCAGCGGAGUGAGCCACCUGAGGGGACGUAAGGGUGCCCCUGUGGUGCAGGCCGAACCUGCAGAGUACGCGCAGCCCUUGGUGGGAGGUGUGGUCGGCACACUCGGCCAAAGAUCCACCUUUAAGCCUGAAGAAGGAGGCGACCCGGGUUACGCGGACCCCGACACGUACGACGCUCCUCUCACAGACAUAUACCAUGCGUACGCUGAGCCCCUCCCUGCUUCCGGGGCAGAGUAUGCGACGCCCAUCGUGGUCGACAUUGCAGGUUGCUCGGCUGCUGCGGGAACCCUGGGACAGGCAUCUAUCUCCACCUUCAAAAGGCCUGGCCCUGGGGCCCUCCUCGCAAGGACAGGUAGCGGUCACUCCGGGACGAACGCGCAGUACGACACGCCCAAGACUGCACCCGGACAGGCCCCGCUUACAGAGGACCUGGUCUAUCAGGUCCCCCAGAAUGGUACCCAGAAAGCACAAGAAGAGAGUAGCUGAAGGGAGCUGCAGAAGGAUGGGCAACUCUUCCCAUGACUUCCUGCCUUACCUCUCACCCUCUGACGUUAAUGCGGGCAGGUAGAGGCCGGACGCUCCCACAAACGCGAGAAGACCUGGGAUUGUUCACUGAGAGCACGUAGCCUUAUUUCACAGCGUCACCGACGUGGUAAAUGUGUACACACCGGUAUGUGUGAUCAGUGUAGAGCCUUCGAGGGCAUCACACCAUUCCAGUCCCGUCACUGAAACCAAGCCGAUGAAUGUUCACUGCUGUUUCUGCAGGCACAGCGCCUUUCGCUUUGGUCUCAUCUUUCAUUUUCCUGUAACGUCAAACUGUGAGGUUUUUACAUUCCGACAGAUUUUACUCUUUCUUGUUUUUUAAUCGUUUUCUACAUCGGGAAGCAACACUGAUUAGAUUCAGUCCGUUAGUCGAGGGGUGGGCAGAAUCAGUUUCUGGCCAAUGGGUUUCCUGAUCCUUUCUCUGCUGACUCAGCUCUUUUAUUCCCAUUGAAAUGAGAAUAUUGAGUCCCAUUUCUUCAGCCCUUGUGGACUUUAAUUGUCCAUCCCUGUUUUUGACUGCUUCUUUAAACAAAUAGCGAUCGGCAGCUUUUGUUCUUAUGGCACAUAGAAACUCGCACUUGUAUGUUCUCCAUAGAACACCGGGGUCAUUGGCCGAUUCCCAGCCUUCAUCCUUUUACAUCGCCCUUUCCAGAGGUCAUAUUAGGUGAAGGGGGGGGACCUUGAAUCUCUCAGAUUUUACUAUGGUACUGUUUGAAAAGCUUCCUUUGCUGUUUGAGCAGCGUGCUUUUCAAAUUGGUGUUUGAAGGUAGGGUGGGGGGGGGGGUCACCGCUUGAGUUUCAAAAUGUACUGUAUGCAUGAAAUUUCCAAGGUGACAGUGUUUUCUGGAAGCAUCAGAACACUUAUUUCCUGCUGAAAAGAGUACGGUUCAAUCCAGUCACUGUAGUCAUGCCACCGAGAAAUUCACUCUACUGUUGAGCUGUUGGCUUUGCCUCCUUAUGUGUUUCACACUGAGUGAUCAGUCGCCACAUAACUGUUGUUCACUGUUGGACAUGUUUGUUCUAGAACACUUGUACAGAAGCCAAAAAUUAACUAUUAGAGAUGUUCUAAUUGUGUGCCAAAGUAGUGUGACUGAUACAUAAUGCCAGUUUGUGGCAGUGUUAAUGCCUUUAAUACUUUCUCACAAGAUUAAAAUAUCUCACUAUUAGUUGGUUUGUGCAGCAUGAGGUGUAAUGAGCAUCAUUUGCCGGUGUCAAUGGCAUGUCAGUCAGGUGUUGUAUAUUUAGGUUUUCAGAUCUGAUUUUGCAUGCAAAAAUGCCCACGUAGGGAUUGUCAUUAUUGGAACUGCCAGACUUCAGGUAGUCUACUAGCAAAAAAGGAUGCAACAGCUCUCAAACUGUGAAGCAGUGAGCGAUUUAAUUUGCACAAAACUGAAGAUGCAUUUUGGUUAGUCUUCAUGCUGCCUUCAUUUCCAUUGAUACUGUUUGUGUAACGAUGUCAUAACCAGUCGCAUCCUGUGCAUUGUAUACGUGUCUCUCGUCACGUAAUAUAAAUGCGCUCUGAAGGCAUUUAGCCAGAAUGCGUCUCUUUUUAAAUUGUUUUACAAGGUUUGAGCGCCGUCCAAUCCUCCCCCCCAACUUGCAUUAAGCUGGGAUUCCAGCACCCGAGCGCCUCUUUAAUUGUGGCAUGGUUGUACCAUUUGAAAUGCAGCACACAACUUUAAAUAUGAAAGCGUCUCACUGUGAAUCUACUUAACUAUGAUGUACUCUGGAGGGUGAGGAUAUGUUCAUAAGUGUGUAACCGAUGUGAUUCAGCAGUUGUUAGUCUAGUUAACGGCUAGCUGCAAUAAGGUAUGUACAUAAGCUGGUGGAAAUCAUUGUCAAAAAUGAGACCCUUUCAUUAGCAGUUUUAGAUGUGCAAUGUAUUUGGUCUUCCAAUCACUGACUGUGGGUAGCUGUAAUGAAAAAUGUUUCAACUAAUCAAAUCGCAUGAAUGUACUCCCUGUUGUACCUCUGUGUGCUUUAGUCAGUGGUGUUAGACUGUAUAGAGAGAAUUUAAAAAUGUUUAUUGUAUGUUUAAUAAAUGGGUU